ACGUCAUAUUUGUGCUCCACAAGGGCUUCGCUGCAUCUGUUGAAGCGAAAGGGAGAAAGGGGGAUUCGUCUGCUCUUCAUAUGUCUUUGCCUCAUCAUCUGUGUGGGAAAAUACCGUCAGAUGAAAGCAAGUGUCUGUUUUGGUGGGGGGAUUAACCAUCCGAAACCGAUCGGCUCUGUCUGCGUGAAAUAGGGAAUGAACGACGAGACAGCAUCGGACAGCUGGAAGAGAAACUCCGGGUGCUCCAGUAUUGAGCAAAUGCUGGCUGUGAAUCCCGGAAAGACGCCCAUCAGUCUGCUGCAGGAGUAUGGAACGCGGAUAGGCAAGACCCCAGUGUACGACCUGCUGAAGGCCGAGGGACAGGCCCACCAGCCCAACUUCACGUUCCGCGUCUCCGUCGGAGAGAUCAGCUGCACCGGCCAAGGGCCCAGCAAGAAGGCAGCCAAGCACAAAGCAGCCGAGGCUGCUCUUAAGAUGCUCAAGGGAGGCCUUGGAGGUCCCGCCGGAGUUGGUGUGGGAGUAGACGGGUUUAUUGGGGUUGACGUGUCUACUGAUGGAGACGGCUCCCAGUCAGAGAUGAAGACCUCAGGCAGUUCUCAGCAGUCUGAAUGUAACCCUGUAGGAGCUUUGCAGGAAUUGGUGGUGCAGAAAGGAUGGCGUUUGCCAGAGUAUACUGUCACCCAGGAGUCUGGUCCAGCACACCGCAAAGAGUUCACCAUGACGUGCAGAGUCGAGAGAUUUGUCGAAAUUGUCUCCUGUUCCUCUCCAGGAAGUGGAACCUCAAAGAAGCUAGCCAAGAGAAACGCAGCAGCUAAGAUGUUAUCGCGUAUACACGACGUCCCAGUAGACUUGAGGACCAGCAACGACGCUGACACAGAAGAUGACACGUUCACCAUGCACAUGGGAAGCAGAGCGGAGUCGGGCAAAAGCAAAGGCUUCAGCUGCACGUGGGACUCUCUGCGUAACUCUGCUGGGGAGAAGAUCCUCCAGCUCCGCAGCCACCCUCUGGGCAUGCCGUCUGACUCCAAUUUCUGCUCUUUGCUGAGCGACCUGUCUGUCGAGCAGCGCUUUGACGUCAGUUACCUGGAUCUAGAAGAGCGCAGUCUGAGCGGCCUGUGCCAGUGUCUAGUGGAGCUGUCCACACAGCCAAUCACGGUGUGCCACGGCUUUGCACCAAGCAUAGAUGCUGCUCGAGCCAAUGCAGCCCACAAUGCACUGCAGUACCUCAAAAUCAUGGCUGGAGGGAAGUGAUGUCAUCUUCCUCCUCACAGACUCGAACUCGCAGCUACACAGUGCCAGGAUGAAUUUCCACUUUGGACGAAGGAUGCACUUUUGUGAUGAAUUCAAAUAACAUGAAUUACCUCAAAUUUGGAAAAAGAGACUUUUUCUGUCUCCAAAUUAACCCCUGGAGCCCUUUUUUGAUCACAUCUAUUUCUUAUUGUUGCCAAUGAAGAUUUAGUUGCCCAAGAACUCAUGUACCCCUCUCUUUGACAUUUUGCAUAUCUUUCAAAUAUUAUUUUAAAAUGCAUUUUCAGUUUUUGUUUGCUCAACAUCCAUACACAGCACUGUAUUUUCCUAAGAUCUAAAGUUUAGAAAGUCUUUAUCUGAAAUCAUAAAUGGUGCUCUUGCAGUGAGUUCCCAAAUAACUGCAGACACAUUCUGCAAAAGGUUAAAGGGGUUUGUAGAAAUUGGGCUAUGGAAUCACCAGUCAUUGGUGCUUCGUUUAAUUCCCGUUCACAUGGAUGAACGUAAGAAAAAAAUUUCCAGCCAUGUGCCAAAACGUGGAGAGAAAAGGACUCUGCUGAAUUGAUAUCAGAGGAUAAUUUUAAAAGACUGCCCUGUUUUCAGAUGAGCUUGUAUGAGUAUUGAAAAUGUGGCUUUUUGUUAUAUAUUAAUUAGUCAGUUGAAAAUCACCAUGUUAUCUUUGUUUUACAUUAUGAACUCAAAUAAGGUUUAAAAUGUUGGAAAUGAACCCAUCUCAUCAUGUUGCUCAUGGGCGUUCCCAAAGUAGAAAUUGUGAGAAGGAAAAUUAUAUGAAUUGUCGAAUAUAUGAAUGUCCUUGUAAUGUGUGCAGUUUUGCCCCUUUUAUAGACUUCCUUGCAAGCAUUGGGCUUAUCUUGAUGGCUUUCAGAGCAUUUUAGGAACUUUCAACAUGCUCUUUUUUAAUUGUGCGGAUAAUUAAAAAAUAUUCUACAACAUUACAAUUAAAUUUAAAAUCUACUUUUUUUGGUCCCAUUUACUCCUGAAUGUGCAGACAACAUUGUGAAGUGUAAUUGUCACAGCUUUAAAAUUUACCACUUUUUCUUUUAGCACACAGUUUUUGCUUGAGGAGCUCUAUAAAUCCAUUUCAGUGUAAAACAAAGACAAGCUUCUGAUUAGGGUGAAAGAGGACAACAUACUGCGAGUCUUGUGAUGAAGCACUGUUCUCGUUAUAAUCAUUAAACACGCUAAAACCUUACUUUUGACUUUCAGUAUCAUAGACAAACAAAGCUACCACAUAUUCUUAUGUGGAGUUUAAAUGUUAUACCUUAAAAAUAUUUUUGUGCUCAUUAUGCCCAAUAUUGUCUCAUGUCAAUGUGACUGUGAUUCUUGUAAUGAUGUUAGAAAAUUGAUGGCGGUGAUUUUCCAGAUUAUGUUCUCCAACUACCUGUUGUGUCUUGGUGUAAAGAUUCAUUACCACCUACCUUACUGUGUUUGCAUAUCGGUUAAUGUACUGCCUUGAAUUCAGCUGACGUAAGAAUUGAAAAUAGUAGACCGUUUGCAUUACUUGAAAAAAAUAAUGUCCUUUGCACAAUGCAGGCCAACCAAGUUUCUGUACAUCUACUCCCACUGGUACAAAGUACAGUGUGUUUGAUGUAACCAUAUUCUGUUGUUUUUUUCUGAUUACUGAAAUAAGGAACUUAACUACUGGUUUUUAGUGAAUUUUAGGUGCUGACUCAUUGACAUCAAUGCUGACAUCAAUGCAUUUGAGAUAGACUUCUUUGUUGUGGUAGUAGAAAAUGUUGCCCAGUUUUAGAAAACAAUGAACCAAAGUGUGAGCUCCAUAUGAAAUUGACUUUGUUUCCAAUAAAACAUUUUUAUACAUUUUACUGCCAA